AUGCCUCUCUCCAACGAUCCGAUGUCAAAAGAGAUUAAUCAGCAGGUUUCUGCUUUUAAAGACAAGCUGAAAACAGAUGGUGAAGUUCUUAUUAAAGAUGUCUUUCCACGCAAAGUGGUGGAACUGGACAAUUUGUUCAAAACACUGACUCUUGAGAGAGUAAAUGACAUCCAUUGUGAUUUAAAUGUGCCCGUCCCUGAUCCUAUUGCAGUUGAUGAAUUGCCUUCAAAGAAGAGAAAAUUAGAUGAAAAUCAUACAGAUGUUGAUUCCAUUGCUGGUUCAAAAGUGAUUUAUCUACCAAAUGGUUCGAUUCCCACCAAUAAGGAAAUUUCUGGUCUUAUCCAAGUCUUAAAACCAAUCAUUCGACAGUUGGUCGACCACACAAAUAUGUUGAAAAUGUGGAUUUCUUUCCUUAUACCAAAAAUUGAAGACGGUAAUAAUUUCGGUGUGUCUAUCCAGGAAGAUACUUUGGCUGAAGCUCGUCAAGUAGAAACAGAAUCUGCUUCUUAUCUGGAAAUGAUUUCUCGUUAUUUUGUUACACGAGCAAAACUUGUCUCAAAAGUUGCAAAAUAUCCUCAUAUAGAUGACUACAGACAAUCAGUGCGAGAGUUGGAUGAGAAAGAAUAUAUUAGCCUGCGUCUUAUGACUUGUGAAAUCAGGAAUCACUAUGCCUCUCUACAUGAUGUUGUCAUGAAAAACAUUGAAAAGAUAAAGAAGCCACAAUCAUUUGAUAAGCUUGUCUCUCUUUUACCCCUCCCUACCUACUUCUUUGUCCCACUCACAUCCUCUCUCCCUCCUCGCUCUCUCUCUCUCUCUCUGUGA